UUUUACAUUUUGUUUCUUUUUCUGUAAUGUUUUUUUUCUUCUUGUAAAAUGAACUACUUCUAGUCAGGAAAAGUUCAAAAAACAUUUUGUUGUCUGGUCGCUCUUUUAGGACUAGAAUAACCACUGAUUUCCCUUUGAUUGACAGCUGGGAGCCUUCGGAUCUUGGAAAUCUACCAGGAGAUCUUGCAGAGAUGAGAUGUUACUGGGGCUCCACCAUCAGGUCAGGCAUUGCAAUUGUCAUCGUAACUGGCCUAUAUCUUUCAGUUGGUCAGAUUCCAUGGAGGAAAACCAGUUGGUCAAAUGGUCAUGAGUGGUCUUCAAUUGUCCCGGACACUAUCAUGCCUUUUAAUGUAACCUUAGACCUUCUUGCCGGCACCCUUCCACCAAUACAAAAGUAUCUCACAGUUGGUCUUUCUUCAGUCAAGAGAAAGAAAGAAAACUACUUAAUGGACACUCUAAAUUCCAUCUUCUCCCAUUCUUCCAAAGAGGAGCUCUCUGAGAUGGUGGUGGUGGUUCUCCUUGCUGACUUUGACCUGGCCUGGGUAAAGGAGACCAGGCAAAAGAUCACCAGUGCGUUCCACGUUCAUCUGAACCAGGGUGAGCUCCUGGUCAUCCACGCGUCUCAGGAUCUCUACCCUCCCCUGACGGGACUGAAAAGGAACUUCAACGACGCUCCGGACCGGGUGACCUUCCGCUCAAAGCAGAAUGUGGACUACUCCUUCUUGGUCCACUUCAGCGCCAACCUCUCUCAGUAUUUCAUCAUGGUGGAGGACGACGUGUUGUGCGCCCAGGGUUUCCUCUCUGCCAUACGCAAACACGUGCUCAAGAUGGGAAGCACCCGGUGGACGACGCUGGAGUUCUCCAAGCUGGGCUACAUCGGGAAGCUCUACCACUCGGAAGACUUGCCACUGCUCGCCCGCUUUCUUUUGCUCUUCUACCAGGAGAUGCCAUGCGACUUCCUGCUCUCUCACUUUCGGACACUGCUCAUGCAGGACAAGGUCAUCCGCAUGCGCCCAUCCUUGUUUCAGCACAUGGGCAAGUUCUCAUCCUUCCUGGGGACCUACAAUGGCCUCAAGGAUGACGAAUUUGUAGAGGAGCCAGCAGAUAACCCACCUGCAGAGGUCCUGACCAACAUUGAGCCUUACAAGGACAAAAGCCCCGUGAAUGCCUACAACCAAGGUUCAGAUUUCUUUUGGGGAUUGUCUCCCAAACAAGGAGAUUAUUUUAUGGUGAUGUUCAAUCAGCCCGUGCUGCUCUCACGAAUCUCCAUUGAGACAGGAUCUGAGAACAAGUAUAUUCUCUUAAAUGCUGUUGUUGAGGUUGGACGUGUCAUUGAGAAGUCACACACACCAUCUUCCUGCUCAGAUCUCCACAGCUUGGGGUUACUCAAUGCGGGUCAGUUUGAAAUGAGGAAUAUUUACGAGACUGUUAAGUCAACUGUGGCCUGCUUAAAUAUUCGAGUCACACAAAAGCAAAAUGACUGGGUGAGGAUACAGAAUAUUCGGGUUUGGGAAAGAAGUUAAAUAAAUAAUAAUAAUAAUUACUAUUACUACUACUACUACUACUACUACUACUACUACUGGUACUAUUGUUAUUAAUAUUAUAUGUUGAUGAUCUAUUUAUACAUCUCAAAAGGGGACUUUCUCACGUCCCAGCAGCUGUUAAUGAACACUAGAUAGAGCCCUUGCAACUCAAUCUGGGCUGUGAGUACACAAUGGCUUUAUAUGCAAGUUCACAUGCAGGGCUCUGUAAAAGACAUACAAAAAUGCAGUAUAUUACUGUUGUAAAUGUUGGUAUUUUUCCUAGAUAUUGUACCAUUCUCUAUAAUAGCUUAAUAUUUAAGCACAUUUCCAAAGUACUGUACACUAUCCAAUCCAGUAGUUCACUGUACUUUUUGUGAAACAACA